AUGGCUCUAAUUGUGACGGCAGCUGAUACAUGCACAGCGACAGGCGCCACGGUUGAUGUGAAGGGGCGCGAACAACGCGUAGAAGGCGCUUGUUGUCAACCGUAUAUGGAAAUUGCCGAGCAGACAGGCGACCAUGAAGCAGAAAUUGCCGAGCAGACAGGCGACCAUGAAGCAGUACGACGUUUGCAACGUGAAUUGGAGGAGUUGGAUUCAAGAGCGGAACGAGCGGUUGGUUUUUAA